AAGGCGACCACGAAACCUUGCAGUCUUGUUCUCCUGGACGGAGCGUCUGUUCCCGAGGGUGUUGCUGCCGUUUUGCAGAAAGGCCCGAAGUACAGCGUGCCGCCUACGAUCCAAGCGCACGAUCUACUCGCGUUAAACAGGAAGUUGGCUUAUAAAGCUGGAGAUGACAGUGAGCGGUGUCUGUUGGACGGUGUUGACAGCAUCAUGAAAACUGCGCGGAAAAGGGACCUUCUACCAAAAGACAGCACACGGCAUGUCGUCUCCUACUUUGAAAGGAACAACCUUCGACUACUACAAGGAGAUAAAGAAGGCGGAUUCGUGGUGAUGUCUGCGACAAUGUACAAGGAAAAGGCCACUGAAGCUUUAUCGAAGAACUUUGUACAGGUGAGCAGCAAAACUUGCAGAGUGAAGACUAAAGCGAUAGCUAUGUGCAACGGGAUGCAGCUUCCUAGGUUAGCCAGUGACAUCAGGAAAUGCAAGAAAGGAACUCUGGACGUAUUCUUCGUGGUGAAGACACACAAGCCACACAUGCCAUUCAGGUGUAUCGUCAGUGAACGCGGUACUUGGUUACAACAAGUUAGCUCUUUUUUAUUUGACCACUUGCGGGGGCUCGAGUUGCGGGACCCAUUCUUAACAAAGAAUUCGACAGAUGUCAUUGCUUUUCUAAAAAAGAAGCAGAAGGAAAUAGGUUUUUUAUUUUCUAUUGAUGUCGAGGAUUUGUUCUACUCUGUACCGCAUACAGAGCUGUUUAAGUCUGUCCGAGAGUGCAUUGAGUGUAAUGGAACUGUUGCAUUUCAGAAUUCUGUGGGCAUUAGUGUGGACAAGUUUAUGUCGCUCCUCGAGUUUUACCUUCGGGCGACGGUUGUUUCCUUUGACUCAGGCUUGUUUGUUCAAAAGAAAGGGAUAUGCAUUGGAUCUUGCGUUGCCCCUGUGCUGUGUAAUAUUUUUUUAUCUUCCAUUGACCGGGAUUUAGAAUCCACGUUUGACAAAGGCACUGUCCUGCAAAUUUUUAGAUACGUGGAUGACUUUUUGGUAGUUUUAGCAGCUGAUUUUAAUCUGACUUAUGACAACACCGUACAAAGCGUAUUAUGCUAUUUUAAAAACCUAGGGAAAGGCCUGAGUUUUACGCAUGAGGUGCCGCUGAACAAUAGCCUCCAAUUUUUAGACAUAAACAUUAGAUGUUGUGAUGGAAACGUGUGUUGGAUGUAUUCGCCAAGAGCAAAGAAAGAGCUGUUACCGUAUAACUCUUCACACUCUAAAACGGUAAAGAGGGCCAUCGGUUCUCUUUGCCUUGAAUCUGCCCUGACAAAGUCAUGUGAGCACAUGCUUGAGACGAGCUUCACCGCCCAGAUAGAGAGACUAAAAAACGCUGGCUUUCCCAGUUCUGUUUUGUCAGCUGUUGCUGAAACGUUACUACAAAAAAUGAAAGGAAAAAAGAAAACCAAACAGACAGGUCCAGAGCAGAGGAUACCACAGGUGUUGCCCUAUACGCACCGUGUAGCGCAUGGCUUGAAAAAAGUGGCGUUCAGGUUUGGAGUGUCCGUGGUAUUUUCCGCACCAAGGAAAUUGGGUGGUUUGUGUGCACGCAUCGGGAAAAAGAAGAAGUUUCAGUGUGAGGCGAAGCAUGGGAAGGUUUUUGUGAAGUGUGUUGUUGGCGUGGUGUAUGCAAUUCCAUUGACGUGCGGGAUGUUAUACAUAGGCCAAACAGGGCGUUGUGUGAAUUUUAGGGCCUGGGAACAUUUCAAAUCACUUGAGAAAGGCACAGGCUCCAAUCUAGCCCUUCAUUGUAAACAGUGCAAUUGUAAGCCACUGCUGAACGAAAUCAAGAUUUUAGGCAAAAGCCAUGAAAAAUUGGCACGGGAAAUUUUGGAAGCUUUUCAUAUUGCAAAGAGUGGUGAAGCAUGCUGCAGCGAUAGCUCCGUGACACUGCGCAGGAAGGAAAACACGUUCCUAGAAUCUUGUUUGUAAUCUGUAGCGAUUAGUAGAGCGAAAAAAGCUUUGAAUGAUUAUGAGUCAGUUUAUUACUUUGGGCAAUUUUUGGUUAUUUUUUAAAGAGCACUUAGCUUCACCAUGUGACCGUAUGAGUAUAUAUACUUGAGCCACGCAUAUGUGAAUAAACAGUUGGUAGUCUGGCCUCUUUCCUGUCUCCUUCUUCGU